AUGAUCAUAGAACAAAAGAAAAAAUUCCAUCCGGUAAAGUUCAUUAAUCUCUCAAUCAGUGCACUCGGUGUUUUUGAAAAAGAAUCUUCAGCUUUUAUACAAAUGUUGGAACGUUUGAACUCAGAUAAGGCCUGUGUUAAAUAUAUAAUUAGGAAAAUCAUUGGUAUAGGUAAUCAUGCGAUGGCGAGUGCAAUUAGGGAUUAAUAGUACGAGUGAUGUUUGGAAAUUUUGCCAAAAUUGGACGAGCCGCCGGGGCGAGUCCAAUUUGGCAAAUUUCCAAACAUCACGAGUACUAUUAAUCCCUAAUUGUACGAGCAACAUCGCAUGAUUACUUGUUUAUUAUUAGCAUGACAAAAUUGGAUACGUACUUCUCAAUGUCAACAUCAUAUUCUCUCGUCAAAGCCCACUCCAAUUUGGUGCUUUUGUUCGUAUUUUCAUUUAGUUCUUUUGUUAAAGCAAGAUUUGGUGCUUUUGUUCGUAUUUUCAUCUAGUUCCUCUAGGGCAAUUUCAUUUCACGUUUGUGUUUAUACGUGAAAUGAAAUUCCGCACCACUGUAUAGCGCCUUUACGCGAAGCGUAAAACGAAAUAAAUUAUGACUAAUCGACUAUCAAAAUUUAUUGAUAAAAACAAAAUAUUAUCAAAACAUCAAUAUGGGUUUAGGAAAAAUAGAUCGACAGAAUAUGCAUUAAUUGACUUUACCAAUAAAAUUACCCAAGCAAUUGACGAAGGAAAAUACUCAAUUGGUAUUUUCCUUGAUUUAUCAAAGGCAUUUGAUACAAUUGAUCACAAGAUUCUGAUAAAGAAAUUGGAACAUUAUGGUAUCAGGGGAGUGGCCAAAGAAUGGUUUGAAAAUUACUUACACAAUAGAAAACAAAUAGUCAAAUAUAAUGGAGUACAAUUGGAGGAAAUGACUAUUUUAAGCGGUAUCCCACAGGGAUCAGUGUUGGGUCCUUUAUUGUUUAUUUUAUACAUAAAUGAUAUUCAAUACUGCAGUGAACUGAUUUCCAUCGUUUUAUUUGCUGAUGAUACAAACAUUCUUUAUAGUCAUACUUGUCUUAAAAAGUUGAACGAAAUUAUUCAAAAUGAAAUGAAUGAAAUUACAGAUUGGUUGAAUGCCAAUAAGCUAUCUAUAAACACUGAAAAAACAAAAUUUAUUCUUUUUAGAUAAAAAAAUAAGAAACUUAAUGGUUUAAUAAACAUUUCAAUCAAUAAUAAAAUAUAAGACAAGUAAAAAACAUCACAUUUCUAGGAAUUGUCCUUGACCAAUUUCUGACAUGGAGUAAUCAGUUGGAUUUGAUUACGAAAAAAAUUAUCAAAUGUGUGGCAAUUAUUUCCAGGAUUCGACAUUUCACAAACCUAAAUUCCUUAAAGCUAAUAUAUUAUGCUUUGGUCUAUCCAUACCUAACUUAUGGUAAUUUACUCUGGGGUAACACCUAUAAAUCACGUUUUCAAAAGUUAGUGAAUAUUCAAAAAAAGAUUGUCAGAUUAAUGACUUUCAAAUCUUAUUUCGAUCAUUCAGAACCAAUUUUUAAUGACUUACAAAUACUCAAUUUAUAUAAAAUAAAUGAUUAUGUACUGUUGAAUAAACGACCAGGAGUGUUUUAUUAGGUUUAAACCCACGAGUGCGCUGCGCGAGUGGCUUUAGACCUAAUAAAACACGACCUGCGAGUUUAUUAAACUGCUUCAAACACGACUACAAAUUCAAUAGAUAUACUGCCUUAUUAGUAUUCUUUAUAUAAAGAAUACUAAUGAGGACACGACUACAAUAGAUACUGCCUUAUUAGUAUUCUUUGUAUAAAGAAUACUAAUUAGGAGUGUUUCAUCAGGUUUAAAGUCACUGCACGUGACAUAUUAUGGUUGACAUGAUUUGUCAAUUAGCUUAUGAAUUAUUAAUGAGUGUUUGAAUUAACGAGUAUAUUCAUGUUUCGGUAUUUUCAUCUACAGAAUCUACCAGAAUUAUUCAUAAACUAUUUUUUGACAAAUAAGCAAAUUCAUAAUCAUAACACAAGAAAUUCUUCGUUGCUACACAAAAGGAGUAUAAAACAAACUAUACCAAACAUAGUCUUGCCAAUAAAGGCAUAGAUGUGUGGAAUAAUCUUCCCCAAAAAAUAAAGAACCUAGGUCUUAUGCUUCCUUCAAAUCAAUAAUUAAAAAGUACUUUUUACAACUAGAUUUAACAAUAUAAUAUGUUUUUGUAAAUAUAAUUAUUCAUAUGUAUUAUAUUAUACUUCUUUUCCUUAAUAAUUAUCUGAAAAACACUCGAACUGACACGAGCUUAAAUUUAUUGAUAUAGCUUAAAUAAUAAACCUAGGGGCCUAAAAAAAAGCCAUGUGGUUUCUAGUAGGCUCCUAGCCCAUUUCUUAUGUAUAUAUCUAUUCCUUGUAUAUGUAAUAUUUUGGGCGAAAAAUAUUUAAAAAAAAAAAGAAAAGAAAAGCAAUUUAACCUUACUUCAACAUUAAACACCUAGGGUUUCACGGAGACAAGCGGAGAUCGUUUGGACGUUCCAGAUAUAGUGGUCGUGCUCACAGAUGGUCAGUCUCGUAAUCCUCAGCGGACAAUCGAUCAAGCCAAGCGCCUGAAAGACAACGGAGUGCGGAUCAUUGCCAUCGGCGUAGGAUACGAUCUUCAGAGGGUGAAAUACGGCCUCGAACGCGAGCUGCUAAACAUUGCAUCGAGCCCGGAUGACAUGAAAAUGAUCGAUUUUGCGAACCUUGAAAAUAUCGUCUUCGAAAUCGUCAAUAAAGUUUGCAAAGUUGCCACCACGCGAAAACCACGUAAGUAAAUCUUUCUUUCAAUCCAAUGUCUCAUUAGUUAAUUAACUAAUUAAUGUCCAUAUUAAGCUAAUGAACUAUAUAGAUGUGCGCGGUGGUAAAUAUGAGUUUAAUAUGUAUAAAUAUGAGAAGUCAAACGCUUACAAGACCUAACCAAAGCUUAUAAAAUUUAUAUAAACUCAAAGGCAACAAUUACGUAAACGUUUUUAUUCGUCUACAAGAGGGUCGCCUUGAAGAAAGCAGCGCCCGAAUAAGAUGUAAGUUUAAAUAUUCAGUUGUCAUGAUUAUCUGUUUUUAUUAUAUAAAGUAUAGUGCUAAAAGAUAUUUCGAGCAUUGAUAAAACUGAUAAUCUCACAUGCGAGAUUAUUUAUGAUAAUUUCACAUGUGAAAAUUAUCGCUUUUCAAUUAUCGCUUUUCUGUAAAAAUUGUCGCUUUUCAAAGACUGUCCUUUAUAUACUGUAAUAAACAGAAAAAUGCAUGGGUGCUUGGAAAUACCAGAUUUAUUUCUCGUGUUGAACAUGAUAUCUCACUCGUUCGCUGCGCGCACCCAUGCAUGUAUUAUUCUCUAUAUAAUACUUUGAAGACAUUAUGAAACCUUCAUGCAUAUUCACAACAUGUCGUAUAGCCUUUGCCUUGGAGUUUGUGUGAUGAUUUACAUUUAAAUCUGCAAAGAUCAAAUUUUUCUUGAAAUUUAGACAAUCAUGGAAAUAAUAUACGUAGACUCUUAUAAAAAGCAUACAUAUUUAGCAUUGUUGGAGGCAGGGGCGUAGGAACAGGGGGGCAGGGGGGGGAAGGCCUCCAAGUUUUGCCAAGUGCCCUUUUUCCGGGAGCAAAGUGCCCUUUUCUUGCGUGAAAAAUGUUUUAAGGAUUGCCUUUUUUUGCCCAAAGGGCACUUUUCAAAACUUGAAUUUCGGUUAUUUUCCGGAAAAUUUUUUUAUUUCCGGGAAAAAUAUGAUAUAUCCGAAAUUUUUUUUUCAUAUUAGGAAAUUUGGAUAUAUCCGGAAAAAUUUUUUUGGUAUGUCCGGAAAAAAUUUUUGAGACCUCCCCCCCCCCCACCGUCGCCAACAUUUCCGUGAAAAAUUUUUAGAUGCCCUUUUUUAUUCGGAAAGUGCCCCUCAAAGCCUUCCCCCCCCCACUUUUAGAAGCUUCCUACGCCCCUGGUUGGAGGCCAGUUGUUAAAUAUAUUGGUCAUGCAGUAACAUAAACCUUUGGUAGUGAACUCAUGAUCAUGCACACAUCAACAUUGUAUAGGGGGGGGGGGACAUUUGGGAAAUUAUUGUUUUGUCUACGAAUUAAUUUCCAUGAUUGUACAGGAAGAAAUUUGAACUAAACUAACUUUAUUUAUACUGGAUAGCUCUAUCAGUUCGAAACUUAUAUAAUCCGUCCUUAUUAAUUACCAAUUCUAAUACCUUUAGGCUUUACAUAAUAAGCUGUACCUAUCUAUCCAUUCCCAUUACAUAUUAUUUCAGGUUGCCAUAAAGAUAUUCUCAUCAUGUUGGACAGUUCCAAUUCUGUUGGGUCAACAUAUUUUGUAAACAUACAGAAAUUCCUAAUAAAACUUGUCGAAAAAAUGAAUGUGCGUAAAGACAGCACACAAUUUGGUUUCAUCACAUUCUCAAAUUCAACUAGAACCAAGAAAUUGUUGGACGUUGGCGACAUACCAGAUCCAACAGAAUUAAUAGAUUGGUUGAAAAAGAUUAGCUAUGGAAGAGAACUGAUGGGCGAUCAUACCAGGACAGGUCUUGCAUUUCAGAUAGCAAACAAUGUAAGUCAACGUUUUGCUUGUAAAAACACACCAUGUUAAAGUAGCCACCUGAGUUAAUGAAUGAAAAUACAUGGUUAGGAAACUUCUAAAAUUUCUUUGUUUUAGGAUCACAGUUAGAAAUUCUUUUGUGUUGCUAUUGUUUUACAUCAGCUAAAGCGAUUGGUGCGUAUAGGGCACGGGCACGAAGUGUUUGAUUUGGAUUUAAGCACUCACAACGAAUUGUGAUAUUUCGAUAAACGUGUUUCAAUAGAUGUUUCUGUUCCAUCCUUUAGCCAUUUCUAACUAGUUUUUAAAAAAUUAUGCAGGUUCAAACCCCGUUCCACCUCCAUGUGUGUUUCUUCAAUAACUUCUUCUAAGUUUGCCGGCUUGCGUACUUGAAAUACAUGCAUGAAGCAACCCUUCGCGUAUAUUUUCAAAAAAUUGAUUAACAUGAAGUAAUUGGCCAACAUUGAACACAGGCUCGCGUUGUGCUUCAAGUGUUGCCACAGCAACGAUGAGUUAACUAUAUAUAUAUUACAUUUAUUUGACAUGUAAUAUAUAUAUAUACAGCACGAGCGGCCGCGUUGUAUCAGAUAUGAUAUGUACAAACUCGAGCCGAAACAAGAAAUUGUGACAUUUUAAAACCAACUUGCACCAUUUUGAAGUUAGAUCGCACGCAUCCUCAUUUUCAACCAAUCUUAUCGAAGUGCUGACCUUAGCCAAUCAAUCGAAUUAAAUUAUAAAAUUCAAAUAGCCAAUCAAUUGUUAGGAACAUACAAAUAAAUCACCUCUUAAUCAACUUGUUUUUAAAGAUGUUUAGUCAAACAAGUCCUUUAAAUGCCCGCGAUACAGUACAGGAUGUUGUAUUGUUGUUCACCGACGGAGAACCACGAAGCCCAAAAGGAAGUGAAGUGGAGAAAGCAAUGGUUGUUACUGAAACGAAUAAACUGAAGGAGAAGCACGUUACAAUUGUAGGCGUGGCAGCUGGAACACCCAAGCUGAUUAAAACGUUCAAAAAGGACAUUCAAAGCUGGGUAACAGACUCAAGCGAAGUAGCAGAAACGUCGUUGGAGACGUUGGACAAAGAUGUGGACAAACUAGUGAAUAAGCUAUUUAAUAUUUUGUGCAAACCGAAAGCAGGUGAGUGCUGCAAAGGUCGAAAUUUACGCUAUAAACCAAUUGCCAAUUCCAACUGCGUAUCCAAAUGACGCGUUCUCAUGCGUCAGGAGAAAUUGCAGCUGAACAGGAUGUGAGUACGGGAGCGUAAAUCCUGUGGGGGAGGGGGUGGGGGGGGGUGUGACAACCCCCUAACGUUUGAGAAAAGCAAUCUUGUAGGGCAAAAUUAUCAGAUAUUCAAUACUUUGUUGGGCAAAAAUACAUUCAAAUCAUGUUGAGUACAAAAAACCUAGCAGUCCAAGUUUAAGCAAAUUUUUAAAAUUUGCUAUUCUGAUAUAAGUCGUUUUCUGACCAUCAGAGUUAGGUAAAAUCUUCCCCCAAAGUGCACGGAGUGGCGUUUCAUGCAGAGGCUCUAAAUCUCACAAUUUUCCGGGAGAGCAUGUCCCCAUACUCCCUAGGGGUCUCGUAUUUUUGGCACUCGAUACUUGUGCCUUUGCAUCAUCGUCCCUAGACCAACGGGACUAUAUAGGUCUACUGCAAUGAGCAAUGGAGCAUAUGCAUAAGGAUGGUGUCUUCGACAGUACCGCUGCAGAACCUCAUAAACUUCUUUAGUUUUCCCAGCAUCUUUACGUUCUUAACGCUUACAGGCUAGAUAUUUGAAACCUAAAAAAAUAAUAUCGUUGAAAAGCUUAUACAUAGCUUGUGCUUUAAUUUAAAACAGACAAUAGUUAAAAAAUAGGAUUAAGCAUUAAAAUAACUCGAGAAUAUCCUCAAGAUAAAAAUUAAUGUUCCCUUGUUGUCACGUCACCAUAUCCGACCAGAGUUAUGGAUAUCCAAGAUGGCGAAUAUUUUCCAAGAACGAUAAAGAAUACCUGUAAGAAGCUUUUGAAAUAUAUUGAAUCUCUCUUCCAAAUAGAUGAACUCAGUUUUCAUUGCUACUUCCCUUUAACAUGAGUAUCAUUUUUCUUUUAUCUCCAGUCUGCAAAGGCGAUAGUGGUGGCAGGUAACAUUUACAAAAUAUAUGAAAAAAGGUGAAAUCACAACCCAGGUCGAAUGGGUAGUCCCAAUAACAUGCACCGGGGGUGCUUCUCAUACCGUGGAUCCACCUAUUAAUGCUAAGCCUGGAGAUAGAUUUGCAAUUGGCCUGGGCAAACACGCGAUUACUUACUCGAGCUAGACGAGCUCGUACACUGACGAUGCUGGAAAGAAUGUAGAUCUCAAACACAGAAUACAAAAGUCCAUCUCCAUUGUUUUUUGCGUAAGUGUUAUUCGUCAUGAUUCGUCACUCAGCAAGUACCGUAAACAGAAGCAGUAACCCCCCUGGACGUGCGCCAUUUUGAGUAUUUCCAGGGGGGGACUGCUUCUGUUUACGGUACUUGCUGAGUGACGAAUCAUGACGAAUAACGCUUACGCAAAAAAACAAUGGAGAUGGACUUCUGUGUAGUAUUCUGUGUCUCAAAUGUCCUGUUCAGUUUACUGUUGCCAGUAUUAAAGUGAUAAUAACUAAAGAUCUUUUACAACUUUUUAAUCAGUAUCUUGCAAUUCGCAUAGAGAUUAUAAAAAAGGGAGCAUUGCGGGGUAGAUUCAAUCAAACGAAAGACACAAAUUGACAUAGAGAUAAUAAAAGAAUCGACUGGGCAUUACAGGAAAAUUUCAGGCAAACGAAAGGGACAAAUUGAAGUUUGCUAAUGCCGGGGGCAAAUUUGAUCAUGAGUUAUACCAGGAAGUAAAACCAAGAAAAUCUAUUUUGCACCUUUUGGCUACAAUUCAAAAGUAUCAAUCCUGGUUUUAUCAACAGUCCUGACUUGUUUUACAUUUAUUUAUGGCAAAAAUUUGAGAAAUUUCCGUUUUAUAUCGUUGAAAAUGAUGAAAAUUAGGACGGCUGAAGUCACGAAGAAAACACCGCUAUUCAACAUCGAAAAAAAGCCGUUUAAAACAUUUCUACCGUUCCAAGACUUGUUUUAUUUUAAAGUCCAGGUAUUCUUGUUGAGUUGGCCUCGCAUGCUAUCUAUCAAAGAUAAGAUCCGUGCUAGAAUAUGGAGCAGCAAUUUGGGGCGGUCUGCCACAAUACCUUGCGGACGAAAUCGAGAGUACGCAAAAUAGAUAUCUAAAAAUAUAUAGAAUCCCUGGAUAAUUUAAAAUCAUUAUGAGAGACAAGAGACCAUAUUGCUAUGGAGGAACUGAAACGAAUUCAAAUUGAUGCUACUCAUCCGAUCCUGUCAUAAGUUUAUCCCUUUGCCAACAUCUCAUACUCAUGAUCUGAGAAGAAACUCUGGUAUUCCAUACACAAUAUCACACACUAAAAGACAUGAACAAUCUUUUAUCCCAAGGGCAAUUGCUCUUUUAAAUAAGUAUGAACCAAAUUAGACGAUAGAUUAUUCUAGAUACUAAUAGAUAAUAUAUAUAGUCGUGUUUACACUACCAGCCUUGGCCUGACCUAGGCCUACAUUUGGACAGUGUAAACAGACCUUGGCCUAGCCUUGGCCUGACCUAGGCCAGGAAAUCUGAGCUCACUACAACCGGUGGUCUAGGCUUGUAGAAAUGUAAACACUUUCGGCCCUGGCCUGGGCCUUAUUUUCAUGGCAACGUGUGCCCGCAGUGAGAGAUUAGCGGCCAACCAGCGAACAUACACACAUUAACAGGGUGUUAGCUAGGCGGCCGUCCGACCGUCCUACGGACGGCCACUUCUGAGUUCGGACUGCUAAAUUUUAAUGGACACCCAUGGACGGCCAAAGGGAAUAUUUUCUUUAAAUAGCAAUUUACAAGCUUUGUAAUAUUUCUUGAAUACUUCGAAUUGUUGUCAUCUGCUGUUUACUUUACUUAUGGUAUAUGUUUUCAUACUUUUUCCCGUCGAAAACACGUUAAAUAUGGCUAAAUUGAACUAUCGACAGACGCGUGUGGAUCGAAAAGUAAAAAGGUUCAACGAAUAGAACAAAAAAUUGUGGCUACGCCCAGAAACAUGUGACCACGCCCACAAAAAUGUGGGCGAGAGAGGUUACUGAUCUGAGAGAUUCUGGCAGGCCAUUCCAUAAAGAGGCUCCACUGUGACUAAAGGAGCGUUUCAAACAAUCUGUGCGUGGUUUUUGGGCUUAGAGUUUACCAUAAGAAUCUAACCUGAGAGAUUCUUAUUGAGGUUAUAAACACUCUCACUAGGAGAAAACAUCUCUUAUAAAUAGAAUGGUGUAUGUUUGUUAAUAGUAUUAAACAUGAGGAUUGCCUUUUGCUUUAAUCGCUUAGUGGACAUCGAUUCCCAAUUGAGUUCUUCAAGAAGAGAACUUGAUGAAAUAUCAUAAGAUGAAUGGGUAAUAACACGUGCGGCUCUAUUCUGUAAUUUUUGUAAUGGGCACAAUAGGAAAAAUAGGACUCCACCAAACUUUGGUAAACUCGAAUUGCAGUUUCAUGAUAUUUCCAAGUCAAGUUCUCGUCAAUUGUCAAACCCAAUGAUUUAGACUUCAACACUCUAUUAAUCUGUUUAUUAUUAACACAUACUUCCACAUUCUGAUUAUCAAAGGUUGAAAGUUUUUGUCGAGAUCUAAUAAUUAUAAAUUCAGUCUUGGCAAUAUUUAACCUUAACUUAUUUGCCUCUAGCCAUGUGUUUAAAUUGGCUAUUUCAGCAUUCAUAAGAUUUUGUAGCUCAGAAAGAUUAUUACUUUGCAUGCUGAUGUUCGUAUCAUCAGCAUACACUCUAGGUAAACCCUCGUUCAAGCAGUUAGGCAAGUCAUUGAUAUAGAUAAAAAACAAAUUAAAAGUGGGUCUAUACUAGUGCCCUGCGGAACUCCAUUGGAGAUAGAACGACUACCAGAGAGUUUCCCAUUUACGUAGCAUUUCUGUUUUCGAUUGUUUAAAUAAGAAUUAAACCACGAUAGCGCAUUGUCAUCUACACCAUAACACUUGAGUUUACGUAUAAGAAUUUCGUGAUCAAUUGUAUCGAAAGUUUUCUUUAUGUCAACGAAAAUCACUCCAUUAAGCAAACCCUUAUCAAUAUUUACGCACCAGUUAUUAGUCGACUCUAAUAAAGCUGUAACGUACUAUAUGAUGCUCGAAACCCGGAUUGAUAGUUCGACAGUAAUGCAUGAGUCAAUUCUAGGAGUAACCAUCCCCCCUCCCCGGGAACAUAUCCGGACAUUUGAUUUGAUUGGUUACGAUAGUGUAAAUGCCCGGGUGCCGGGAUACAACUUGAAGACUAAUGCACGGCCCUUGGGCAAGCUGAGAGCGGAAAAUGCCCCACCCCGAGGACGAUUUUAAACGUUAAUUAAACUUUUAAUGACAUAUAAUAGCAUAGUCAUAAUAGUCAUUUAAUAACAUUAUAGUAUUAAACUGCUAUGGAAUAUUAUAAAACUUUAAUAUAAACUUGAAUCUUGCUAAGAGUGGUUAAAAGUAUUUAAAUUAAACAAUAAAAUCAUAAACCUUCAAUAGUUGUAUUUAAAUUUGCAUGGCACAGGUUAUAAUUUUCGCUUAUUCUGACAUUAAAUUUCACGCCACCUUGACCACGAGGGCGCAAAAUACGAUCAGCGCGCCCACAUGCGUGCCUGAAACUGGGUUUUGCUGCCUUAAAAUUUGCGGGUAGGAUUCUGGGCAACCAUUUGUCACAUCCCCGGGGUCCUUAGCGACUAUAAUGAUACCCGGCCCCCGUGCACGUAUAUGAAAGGCAAAUUCCCGACCUCCGCCAACUGUCUAUCAGGCAAAUUCCCGGGGGGGGGGGGAUGGUUACUCCAGGAAUUGACUCAUGCAUUAUUUAAUACUGAGAUGUGGAAUUGUAACGAAAUGGAGAGAUCUUUUGAUUUUUGAAAUAUCGCAAACUACAAACGGAACAAACCUUGCUUGUAAACAAUGCUACUCGGACUGUUAUUAUGUAAAAGCGCUGUGAAAUUUCCCAAUUCCAACAUUGCCAUUGACUUCGCUGAAACUUGAUGCUCAAGAAAUAUGUCGAAGUAUACUUCCCUGUUAUCAAACCUACUGUAAAAUAAUCCGACAAUAGCCUCAAAGAUAAGUCAAAGAUUCUUCUAGCUGUGCGUGUAUGUUUAUACAAAUACAAAAUAUUGUAUGUGACUUAAACGGACCUUAAACUAGUACUGGCUAACUCGGUCAGUUCUAACCUUCUAGAGGUCCCGUGAGGACAGUAUGGCUUAGUAUUAUCACAGCCGUGCUUCUGUAUAGUCUCUAUAUUCUGUGGUAUUACUACAGACGAAGCUGGAUAAUCUCGGCCGUGUUUUUGAAGCCAAAAAUAGCGGGAAUUGAAACCAUAGAUAAUUGAAACCCGUCUUGUAGCCGGGUAUGUCCUACAUAGGCCCCAAUUGAGUACAAAAAAUUUGGCCGACUAUUUUUUAAACCUGGCUUUACCAUGGCUCUAAACCCCCGUUCAAAACUACGCUCAAUUUUUGGUACGGCACGGAUAAAAUUGGUACCCGUACCACUAGAGCAAGUGAUCUUUCAGAAUAAGCAAAUUUUAGAAACACAUCAUCAUAAAAGCAAAGUUAUUGACGAGUCAAAAAAAAAACACCAGCAAACUUUUCUGGACUAAACACAAAAUAAUAUGGAGUACAAUUGCAUCAAUCUUUCCUUUCAUUUCGUUUCUAGCUUUCAAGUAGGGACCGUAGGGUAUUUACAAAUUUACCAUUAAAAUGAGCAUUUACGUGCAAAAAUUGAAUCGAUCGGAAGUCAUUUUUAGCUCCCGCGAAGCCCAUGCACGGGUGUUUUAUAACUACAAGAGAUAACUCGAGAUCUUGGUUUCACCCAAUCAGCCGUUUAGCUGGAGUUAUCGUUCCAGUUCACUGGGUGCAACUCUUUCAUUGUGUUCUAUUUAAUUUCCGUAGGGUAACUGUGCGGUAGAGUUGGUUUUGGUAGCUCGCAAGUGAAAGUAUUAACUAUUAACUACGAUACUCGAAUUGAGAGAUGCGCAGAUUCUUACACACUGGUGAACACUUAAUUAAGGAACUCUUUACGGAUUAGAUAGAGCGUAACCAUGGGACUGUGGUUAAAGCUAGUGUAAACUAAACUAUAAUGUCUAUAAACUUAGAGUAAUAAAACAAUGAUGUUCUUAUAUGAUUGUUAAAGAUCUUGUAACUGUGAAGGAUUAAUUAAAAGAUUUUUGCUUAAUAUUUUGUUCAUGGCAUAUAGUUUGUUGUGUUAUUGAUAGGUAUGUACCAAAAGGUUGGGUGCUAAUUAUCUUUUAUGGCAUUCGCAUAACACUGAACUAAAAAAGACAGGUGGCGUGCGACAUGUGACUGCGACCAGCCAAUUAGAUCACAGAACGCUAUGCUACUGUCCCACUCGCCUCGGCGGCUCGUGAGCCACUUAGUGUUCUUCCCACAUUAUGACGUCAUAUUGUGUAUCUAUAACUGAACAGACAACGGCAAAAUCUUAUCUACUUGUCAAAUAUUUUGCAGACAGAGACAAACUAACUAGAUCACACUUGUAUUUUCUCAACAUAUGGUUAUGUCUCAGACGCAUGCAAGUAUAACAUAUUUAGCGGAGGAAUUAGUAAUCAGUUGUGAACGAAGGAUUACUGGAAGUUUGCGCAAUUUAUUCUAGGUCUCCCCAGGCGCAGUCGUAGAGUUGGUAUUACUACAAAGAAAAUUGGUAAGUUCGAGAUUCCGAAAGAUAGUAUUUUAUCAAAAUCCAACUCAUACUUAUAGACUGCAUCCCGCCAUCUUGGGCUAUUUAAGUACUUUUUGAAAGACGUGACAGACAAAUACGCAAUUGACAAAUAUGGACAUAUAUAAACAGCGUCGUUAUUGAUAUUCAAUUCCCUACGGUUAAACAGAUGUUGUUCAUCUUACAGGCGAUAUUUGCAUAUAUUGUGUCGUAAUAUCGUGUUUUACACGCGAAAAAGUUUUAUUCAAAGAUAAACCAUAAUGCGUAGCAGUUCAUCUUUGCCAAAUUAAACUGACAAUGCUAUAACUCCCAAACGAUGCUCCCAAAGCGAUUACUUUACCCAUUAGCCUUUGCGACACGUAUCGCAUACCAGUUACUUUGGUUUGUGUCUAAACCCAAAAAAGAUAUCUCAAACGUGGUGGUCCAGUGUAGGUAGUAUUCUACAAUAAGCUGUCGUGGUUUGUGUCUGAACUACCUGAAAAAGAUAUCUCAAACGUGGUGGUCCAGUGUAUAGGUAGUAUUCACAAUAAGCUGCCGUGGUUUCUGUCUGAACUACCUGAAAAAGAUAUCUCAAACGUGCAGGUGGUCCAUGCAGUGUAGGAUCUCAAACGUGGUGGUACAUGUUGGGUAGUAUUCUAUAAUAGGCUAUCAUGGUUUCUGUUUGAGCAAGAAGUGUUUUCUCCUUAAACAUCGAAAUGUUUUAAAUCUUUUUGUCACGGCAGCUUAUAAUAUUAGUUUAGAAAUAAGCUUAGAAAUAUUGCGAGGAAAGCUUGAAACAUCUGGUUGGUACUACAGUCUAUAUCGACAGGCACAUAUUGGCAUCUCGAUCGACACAACAAAGCAGCACUUGUUUUCGUUGUUCAACGCAGGAACCUGAGCUUCGGAUGUCUUUGAGCUGAAUAACAGGUAAAAAAAUGUAUACCAUUAAAAUGUUCAUAUCUAGUGUAGUUUAAUUAAUAUUAGUAGCACUGUGGCAACAGGCAAGUGCAUGUAUCAGGGCCAUCAAUCAUUUAAACUAGUACGUACGCAGUUUUCCGAUAUAGGUUCCAACUCAGUAACUCACGUUCGCCCUAGGAGUCCAUUAAUCGGCAACCCUUAUUGAUAAAGUGUAAUUUGUCCUCAGAGAAAGCCUACGGUGUUCCUUGCAAUGAAAUAGAAGCACUCUGAAUGUUCGUUUAUUCUCACACAUGAAUGAAGAUAAAUUAUCAGCAUAAAAACCCAUGAAAAGUGAACGUUCAUCCUGCCAUAUUCUGAAUGCAUUUUACACGUUUUCUACUGUAUGACGCACCAAUCCACAAUGACAUUUAGGCACAACUAUUGAGUAGAACCGAUGUUUCAAAUUCAUUAUUUAAGAGCAAAUCAACCUUUAGCUUAAUGCCAUUUCCCAUAAAUAAUGAUUUGUGUAAUUUUUACAGUAGAUUACAGAUAUUUUACAGCACACUCCAUACUGGUUACAUUAUGAAUAGAUAGAUAGAACCGAGGUAGACUUUGAGCUUACAAAUGGCGCUUGAGCAGCCGCUAUUAGUCCAUACCCCAUUAAUGAUCUGCCUCAGACCUAUGAGCCUAUUAUAACCCACCCUGUCAACUUUCCCUGUGGGAGGAAACACGCAGUGCCCGGAGAAAACCCACGACUUUCGGCAGAGCGUUGACUUUACUCUUUUCACAUGAGGACUGGGUUCGAGCCACAUUGAGAAGUUCUCACUGAGAUUUGAACCUGCGGCCUUUAUAGAGGUGAAAGGCAAGUGCGCUAACCACUUGGCCACCGAAGCCCCAUAGUCAUGUGUGCAUGAGAUGAUCUUAUAAUUCUCUAUGAAUCUAAAUUACAGUAGACAUGUCACCGAUAUUAUAUCACGGUUGACAGUGAAAAAUAGCAGGAAAGGCACUUUCCGCGGGCUUGUAAAUUUUCUGGCAAUACAAGACCUCACACCCUCCUAGCCCCAUCUCAACAGUCAACUCCACCUCUAUACCUCCACUUCAAUCACAAAAUCCCUUGGCGGUCCCUAUAACUGCAAGUGAACAAACUCGUUUCCCAGUGGUGAAAAAGCACAUGCCUAGCCAUUGUUGCCACCAAUUAACAUCAUCCAUUUUAUAAUCUGUUCAUAGGAUGAGAGUUAAACAAAACAAACACAAACCAAUCAUAUUCGGCAACUGUCAAGAAGUUUUGGCGACGGUUAUAAUGUUUUACUUUGCCUCAAAUAUCGUUUUCGGAGAGGAAGAGAACGAGACUGAAUUUUGCAGAAGAGGAUGGUCUGAAUUCGUGAACGACAGGAAAAAAUGGGAAAGAGAAUGUUUAAAUGAAGAUAGUCUGAGAGCUUCAUUGUGUUGUAAGGCUACAGCUGGUUAUCUUGAACAGCGAUAUGAAAACUAUAUAAAGUGGUGUCCCAUUGUGGGUAAGUUCUUUGACGUAGCUACAUCAGGCAAAAAAUGA